AACUCAACUUUACAUUGCUGUACGCUGGUUAACGGCAAUAUUAACCCAAUAUCUUUCUUUUUACUUUUCUCAAACCCAUUCUUCCUCCCCAACCAUUUCAAACAUGCCAUUUUCUACCAUCCAAACAAUACGAUAUUGGUUGUCGGAGCACCCAAUCAUCGUAAACUUCCGGUGGAACCACGCCCAAUCAUGGGGAUCCACCUGGUCCUUUCUCUUUACAGCUAUUGCCAUCUACAUAGUCGCCGCUAUUUUCCUCCAUCUCCUCCUCUGCCUUCUUCUCCGCCGUAACCAUCGGAUCCCACUCGGCCCGAUCCCGGCCGUUCAUAGCCUUGCUGUCUCCUUAAUCUCCGUUGUUAUUUUCGUCGGCAUCCUCCUCUCAGCUGCAGCCGAGAUUCGGGACACGCGCUGGUUCUGGCGUCGUACCAACACCACCACGUUUCAGUGGCUCCUAUGCUUCCCUCUCGGGACGCGCCCCUCUGGGCGCGUCUUUUUUUGGUCCUAUGUUUUUUACCUCUCACGCUUCCUCCAUCUCCUCCGUACGUUCUUCAGCGUCCUCAAAUACCGUAAACUGACUUUCUUUCAACUCUUUAACCAAUCCAUUCUUACUUUCAUGUCUUUUCUUUGGCUCGAAUUUUCUCAAUCCUUUCAAGUCCUGGCCAUAUUGCUGACAACGUUAUUGUACUCCGUGGUUUAUGGGUACCGUUUCUGGACGGCGAUUGGAUUGCCUAGCGCCUGCUUUCCGUUUGUGGUGAAUUGUCAAAUGGUGUUGUUGGGAUGCAAUUUGGUUUGCCAUUUUGGCGUUUUGUUCUUGCACUUGCUCAAAGGUGGAUGCAAUGGAAUUGGUGCUUGGGGUUUCAAUUCCGUGCUCAAUGCUGUCAUUUUGUUACUUUUCAUGAAUUUUUACGUGAAGAUGCAUUUGAAGAAUAGAAAAAGUUCCCAAUUGAGGACUGAUGAUGAUGGCUCAUCCAAACAUUCCUCCUCUGCUCAACACCUUAAAGUAAAGGAUAGUUAAUUUGUGCGCUAUAACUGUUGCUUUGAUUUGAAGUUGGGUGUCAUUCAUUGGCUGGGUUUGGCUACCAGUGAAUGAAAACGCCAAUUUUUUUGGUUGUAUUGUGUAAACUGUAAAGGCGUGAUGUAAUUGUAAAGCGUAUAUCAGAACGAUGAGUCUGUUAAUAUUUGUCCCUUCUACCCUGUGUAA